GUCCCUUGUUGUUUAGUCCCAAGCGGCCAAGCCAAAGACAUAGCUCUUCAAUGCCUUCAAUCAUUGCGGUUGUUGCCUGCCCAACUCUGAGCCGUGUUACCUGCAGAUGCACUUGGAAGACUUGAGAAAGGGACAGAUCCGGCACCGGAAGUUAAAUGUCAAGUUUGAGACUUCCUAUUGAUUGUGCUGAAGGAUCUUCUUAAUUGCAAGACGUCAGGAUUUGAGACUGAUUUUAAUGAGUGCCACUCUUAAUGCUGAUUUAUUUUCUAGUUAUUUUGGAGGAGCACCAACAUUUCACAUUCCAGGCUUCACAUACCCGGUAAGAGUUCAUUUUCUGGAAGAUGUAUUGGAAAUGACUGGGUAUAAGCUGACUUCAUUCAAUCAAAUUGAUGACUAUGGCCAAGAUAAGAUGUGGAAAACACAGAAACAGCUAGCACCUCGUAAAAAGAAAAACCAGAUUACUGGGCUUGUUGAGGUGNGCUGAUUUAUUUUCUAGUUAUUUUGGAGGAGCACCAACAUUUCACAUUCCAGGCUUCACAUACCCGGUAAGAGUUCAUUUUCUGGAAGAUGUAUUGGAAAUGACUGGGUAUAAGCUGACUUCAUUCAAUCAAAUUGAUGACUAUGGCCAAGAUAAGAUGUGGAAAACACAGAAACAGCUAGCACCUCGUAAAAAGAAAAACCAGAUUACUGG